AUGUCCCGCUACCCGCGCCCGCCGCAGCGCGACUCAUGGUUCGCCCCCCUCUCGGCCGACCUGCUCCUGCGCGUCCUCAACGUCACGCUGCUGCACCCCUUUGUCUGCUGGCUGAUUCCGCUGUGCCUGCGCGCCCGCACCGUCAAGUGGGAGGCGCCGCCGAUGCUGGCCGCCGCCGCCUGGGCCUCGCUCGUCUCCCUCUGCUGGGUCGCCGCCGCCGCCAACCAGCGCAUCGCCCACGGCGCCCCGCGUCGCGUCGACCUGGACGAAGAGGUCAUCGUCAUCACCGGCGGCGCCAGCGGCCUUGGCAUGCUCCUGGCUGAGGUCUAUGGCAUGCGCGGCGCCACCGUCGCCGUGCUUGAUGUGCGUGACAUGGAGAAUGGCGAGGCCAGGGGCGUGAGUUUUUACAAGUGCGAUGUCAGCGACAAGGCGCAGGUUGCAAAGGCCGCCGCCGACAUUGAGAGAGACCUCGGGACGCCCACGGUGCUCAUCAACAACGCCGCCAUCGUCGUGGGCAAGUCGCUGCUCGACCUCAGCCUCGACGAAAUCGACACCAGCAUCGCCACCAACCUCCUCGGCCCCUUUUACUGCCUCAAGGCCUUCCUCCCCGCCCUCAUCCGCUCCGACCGCGGCGGCACCAUCGUCAACGUCUCCUCCGUCAUCGGCCACCUCGGCGCCGCCCAGCUGACCGACUACGCCGCCGCCAAGGCCGGCCUCACCGCCCUGCACCGCUCCCUGUCGGCCGAGCUGCGCCGCUCCCACCCGGCCAUCCGCACCGUCCUCGUCACCCCCGGUCAGCUCAGCACCCCGCUCUUCUACGGCGUCGAGACCCCAAACAGCUUCUUCGCCCCCGUCGUCGAGCCCGUCGAUGUGGCAAAGGACAUCAUCGCUGCCAUUGACGGCGGCCACGGCAUCACAGCCGCCAUGCCCCUCUACGCCCGCUGGGUCGACUGGUACAACGUCUUGCCCGUCGGCCUGCAGCUCCUCGCCCGCAACGUCUCGGGCAUCGACCGCGGCAUGUCUACCUUUGUCGGCCGCCAGGGCAUCGCCGAGCAGGCAAAGGACAAGUCGACAUAG